GCUCCAUCAGCUGAUGGGAAACUGAGUCACCACUUCCCGGACGGCACCGAAACCGCACCGAGCCCAGAGAACAGGACCGUGUGGGUCAGUCCGAACUGCGGAUCCGGAUUCAGGUACGAACCAGAUUUAUCACCGAGGGAGAAACCAACAGAUCCAGCUGUGUGAGAGCUGCUCCUCCUCCUCCUCCUCCUCCUCCUCCUCCUCCCUGCCUGACUCAGAAGACACCGAGGAGGUGAAGAUAAACCAGACUGAAGAUGUUGGUGGAGGGUAGAGUCUCCUCCUCGGCCCUCCUGUCUCCUGGCAGAGAGGGUGCAGCGCUGCAGGUCAACCCGGCCGACGUCCCGGCUCUGGAGAUCAAGCUCGGGGCUCUGGUGGUUCUGCUGUCCAUCACGCUGCUGUUCGGAUUCGCUCCUCUGUGCAUCGUCCGGGGAGCGGGCUCAUGCUGUGUGGACCCAGAUCUGCGGCGCCGGCUGCUCGGUUUGAUCAGCUGCUUUGCUGGAGGAGUUUUCUUGGCCACGUGUCUGCUGGACCUGCUGCCAGACUACCUGCAGGGCAUCAACGAGGCCUUCCGCAACGCAGGAAUCACACUCCAGUUCCCUCUGCCCGAGUUCAUCAUUGCCAUGGGUUUCUUUCUGGUCCUGGUCCUGGAGCAGAUCCUCCUUGCUUUAAAAGACCAAUCGUCCCCUCACAUGGAGGAACAUCGGGCUCUGCUGGUGGACUCCAGCGUCCAGGCGGACGACAGGAACGGUCACCGUCACUCCCAUCGGCGUCGUGGGUCAGACGCGUCCACCGGCAGUCACUUCCACGUGGACGCUGGCUCCCAGUCCGCCCUGCGCGCCUUCAUCCUGGUCUUCUCGUUGUCCCUGCACUCCGUGUUUGAAGGUUUGGCGGUGGGGCUGCUGGAGGAGGGGAAGGAGGUGCUGGAGAUCUGCUUGGCGCUGAUGAUCCACAAGAGCAUCAUCUCCUUCAGCCUGGCCUUCAAGCUGUCGCAGUGCCGGCUGCGGCGGUCGGUGGUGGCCGGAUGCCUGCUGCUGUUCGCCGUCAUGUCCCCGCUGGGCAUCGGCACGGGCAUCGCCCUCACCGAGACCAAGGCGUCCCCGCAGCACCAGCUGGCCCGCUGCACACUGGAGGGGCUGGCGGCCGGGACCUUCAUCUACAUCACCUUCAUGGAGAUCCUGCCGCACGAGCUCGGCUCCAGCAGGAACCGCAUCCUAAAGGUGGUCAUGCUGCAGGUGGGCUUCGCCGUGGUCACCGCUGUGCUCUUCAUCAAACUGUAACCACGGAAACCAGUUCACACGUCUGAGGCCGCGUAUCUUCAACGAACCUGCUGUCUGUCACCGUCCUGAGACCUGACGUCAGGUCAGGGUAUCAACAUAUUCUAAUAUAUGUAUAAUGAAGAUGGUUUCUGUGUUUUUCAACCCUGCAACACGCUUCACCUCUCAGUCAUCGAUCCGAGCCUUCGUAAGAUAACGUGAACACUUCGAGGUCGUGCGAGCGGUCUGGAGGACGGUCUGCACGAGGCCGAUCAGAGUCCUUCUCAUCACGAGUUCACGUUUAUCUGUUUGCUCUCCUGCCGCCUCGGCGACACCGCAAAGUGUCUCACGCUCGUUUUUUCCAUCGCUCAGUGAAUUCUUCCAAAAAUCGUGACAAAUGUCGAUGUGACUGAAAAUCUUCAGUUUGCAGUAAAGAACAUUUUUAUGUUUAACGAAUCAUUUAAAUGGUUUUGACUAAUUAUGCACUUCACUGUUUUAGCUGCUUUAAGCAGUUUUUUUUUCUGCUUUCACCCUGACACCAGCACCAACCCUGCAUGUGAUCGCUGUUUACCUGUCCACAAUCAUCUCAGGUGGUCACUGAGCUCAUUGUCAGUGUCCCCGUUAAACAAACGUCAAAUGUCUGCCGCGGUUUGUUGUCGCCGUGAGACAGAUGUGAAAAUCUGUGAAUUCUUUCCUGGAUGGACACAAACAGAAAACGCUUUUUGUUCUGCAGAUUUGCUUCGUUUCACUUCAUUUGAAAAGAAGUCUGUUAUUGGACGAGGCUGUGCAGACACAAUAAGCCGCUCGCACAGAACGUACUGCACUGAAACGUUUAAACGACGACACUAUGAAAUGUAUUUUUGUAAUUAUGACUCUAAAGUCUUUGAACCAAAGUCAUUUUAAGGACUGCUGUGCUGUCAUAUUUUCUAUUGUGACGAAUUCAACAUAAAAUAAUAUAAAUGGAGAACACUGAUUUCAUCUCUCGUCUUUAUUGGAAUAUUUGGUUUUAACAAAGUGAUAAGUUAUAUUCAUACUUAGAUUCCUGGAUCAGGUUACCAGGUUACUUUUCUAACAGGUGAUGAGUAUCAGAUUACAUUUUGAAAUGUAUAGUCCUCACACACUUUCUGAUUUUACUUUUUCUGUUCAUUACUAUCAAAGUUUCUUUUAAACCUGA